AUGAAAGGGAAAAGUGGAUACAAUGGUGGUGGAGGUGGUUACUCGAGAGGAGGAGGUGGUGGAUACGGUAGCGGUGGAAGACGUGAGAAUGGGGGAUACGAAGGUGGUGGAUACGGAGGAGGCGGCUAUGAUGGCGGUGGAUACCAGAUUGGAAGUUGUGGUGGUUAUGGAUACGAAGGUGGAUUCAGUGGGGGUGGAGAUGGUUAUUCAGGGACGAGGAGGAGGUGGUGGAUGGAUUUAGUGGUGGUGGAGAUGGUUACUCAAGAAGGAGGAGCAGGUGGUGAAUACGGUGGAAGUGGAAGUCGUGAGGGAUACAAAGGUGGAGGCAACAUGGUGGAGAAUUGA